GUCACCUCAACAAUCCUGCUUUUCGCUCUGAUCCCCCUUAUCUGUCCGUCUUAGCUCCACCCCUGCGCGUUUUAAUCCCUACCCACGCCCAUCGACCCAUACGUCCGCAUCGCAGCCCGUACUUCAGCGCUAAUCCCGUAUCAUCGUAACCCGUACCGGCGUGUCUCAUCCAAUCCUGCCACGUCAACGCGAUGCCGAAGAAAAAAGGCGGCUCGGGGAGUCUGGGCUCCUCCCUCAUCCGCCAUAGAUUCAACCGCGGCUCGGAGUUCCAGCAUGCUGACGAGGGCAGGCGCCACGUCAUCGCGGCGGCGGAAGCUGCGGCGAAACCGGCGCUGGUGUCGGUGGUGGAUCAGAGCGACCUUGACGAGCUGCUGACCACUGCUGAGCUGGCAGGGCGGGAGUUUGCCGCCCAACGAGGCAACGCGGAGAUCAUCUAUCUCGAUGGUCACGAUGUUGGCGCGCUGGGCGGGAGAGGCGGCAGUAGCAGCAGCGAGCGCAAGGAGCAGGAGGAACUUCACCGGAAGCUUCUGACCAUCCCAAGGAGGCCCCAGUGGAGCGCCAGCAUGACGUCAGCAGAGCUGGAUGCCAGUGAAAAGGCUGCUUUCCUGGAAUGGAGGCGAUCGCUGUCCGCGGUGGAGGAGAACAACCAUCUGGUGGUAACCCCAUUUGAGAAGAAUCUGGACAUCUGGCGACAGCUCUGGCGCGUGCUGGAGAGAAGCCACCUGGUGGUAACCGUGGUGGACAGCCGUAACCCUCUCUUCUACCGCUGCCCCGACCUCGAAGCCUACGUUCAAGAGCUGGCCGGCAAAGGCAAUCACUCGGACCCCAGCACCAGCAAGGAAUUAACCACUCUCCAGGAUCCCAGUGCCGGCAACCGCUCCCUGCUGCUGCUGAAUAAGGCUGACCUGCUGCCCGCUGCUGUGCGUAAGAUGUGGGCGCGGUACCUCAAGGGCCGCGGGGUGGAGUUUGCCUUCUGGUCCGCCAAGGCUGCGGCUGAGGGGGUGGAUGAGGGGGAGGAGGGGGAGGAUGGAGAGGAGGAGGAGGAUGGAGAGGAGGAGGAGGAUGGAGAGGAGGAGGAGGAAGGAGAGGAGGAGGAGGAAGGAGAGGAGGAGGAGGAUGAUGAGGAGGAUGAGAGUGAGGGUGAGUGGGAGGAGGCGGAGGAAGGGGAGGAGGAGGAGGAGCAGGGUGAGGAAGCAGGGGAGGAGGAGGGAGGUGUGAGUCCAGAGGACGUGGAGGCCACUGAGGAGGGGCAAAAAGGAAGUGAGCAGGUUGCAGUGAGGGUGACGAAAGGGGAUGUGAAGAUCCAUGGGAAAGACAGCCUGCUUCGGCUGCUGGAAGCUAAAGCCACUGCCAUUGCUGCUGCUGCUGCUGCUACUGCUGCCGCUCCUGCUGCUGCAGCAGGGGCAGUGGCAGGGAGAAGGGAAGGUCAGAAGGAAGGAAAGAAGGGAGGGGAGAAGGAGGGGCCGAAGGAGAGGGUGGUGGUUGGAUUCGUUGGUUACCCCAACGUGGGUAAGAGCUCAACCAUCAACGCCCUCGUUGGGUCUAAACGAACCGGUGUCACCUCCACUCCGGGCAAGACAAAACAUUUCCAGACGCUGCCCGUGUCGGAAUCGCUAAUGCUCUGCGACUGCCCGGGGCUGGUUUUCCCCUCUUUUGCCUCUGAGCGGUCAGAAAUGGUUGCUGCUGGCGUGCUGCCCGUUGAUCGAAUUACGGACCAGAGGGGGCCAGUGGAAGUGGUUGCCCAAAAAGUUCCGCGGGCAGCCCUUGAAAAGAUUUACGGGCUGACCUUGCCGUCUCCAGCUGCCCAUGAAAGGCCCGACAGGCCCCCGUUGGCAGCCGAGCUUCUUAAAGCCUAUGCCCGGUCCCGAGGGCACGUGGUUUCGUCUGGGCUGCCCGACGAAACCCGGGCAGCCCGAAUUAUCUUAAAGGACUACUUGAGUGGCAAGCUGCCGCAUUUUGAGCUGCCCCCGGGCACUUCAACAAACUUGAAAGAGGGAUUCUGGUUGGGCGCAGCAGCAGGAAGAGGGGGAGGAGGAGAAGAGGGGGAGGAAGGGGAGAUGCUGGUUCUGGACGCCCUUGACUUGGAGCACUUCAGUAGCAUGGCUCUGGAUCAGGCUCAACAGGCUGCCGCUGCUGCCACUGGUGGUGAUCCUUCCAGCGAGGUUGACUAUAACGAGGAUGAGGUAAGUGGGGGCACGGGCACUGGCGCUGCUGCUGCUGGUGCAGGGUUGGCAGUGGGAGGGGGCGGUAGGCAGCAGCGGGCGCCAAAGGCGGAGCACAAGAGGCAGAAGAAGCAGGCGAGGAGCAAGGAUAGGAGCUGGCGGGGGAGUGGCGAAAACAGUGAGCCACGGGGUGGUCAAGCAGGGGAGUGUGCUGCCUGGUGUGAAGCACACCUGGUGCAGUGAUGCGAUUGGCGCACUCAUGAGUCAUAACUGUGGUGUGCCCACUGCCCAGUUCAUUGGCUGGCAGCUGUGAUGGCUGUGGUAAGGGGGGUGGCGAUGGCAAGGCUGGCGUGGCGAGUCACAGGGCUGUGAUGUGAAGCAAGGGAGCGUGCUGCCGGGUGUGAAGCUCUUGGUGCAGUGAUGUGCGUUGUGAUGCUUGCCUGCCUGACUGCCAAGCCAAUCACCCCUUUCACCCCUUUCAAUUGCCGUGUUACCCCAAUAGGCUUGCAGCAGUGGUGGCACUGAAUGCAGUGAAGUGAAUGACACUGAUCUUAUGGGUACAUUCACAUCUUGGCACCCGCUGUAAGGGUUAUGCUUCUUGAUGUAC